AUGAGUUCACAAAGAACGAAACGACGAAAAAUUGCUGCGGUGGUGCAAAAAAUUGUCGAAGAAGCUUCUUUAAGUAGUUACGAAUUAGUUAAUGAAAUAUUUGUGGAGAACAAUAAUAUAGAUGAAAGUUCACAUGAAGAAUUUUAUGAUAAUAAUGAUUGGCUUGCACGUUCCAAUGAUGAUUCUAAUAACGAAGAGAUGGAGCAACUAAACCCAAACAAAAAAAGCUUAAACAAGGAUCUAGGAAAAUGGGCAGUCAGUUAUAAAAUAUCUCACAAUGCAUUAGACAGUUUACUACAGGUUCUGAGAAAAAAUGGAUCAGAUUUGCCUAAAGAUUCUAGAUCACUUCUACACACAAAGAGGAAAAUUGAAACCAAAUAUGUUGCAGGUGAUUUUAUUGAUGAAAUGCAACGUUUUCAAGAAGUUGGUGUUAUAUGUGACAAGACUGAAAAAGCAUACAAAAUAAAGUUAGAAGCAGUUAUUUGUGAUGCACCAGCUCGGUCAUUUGUUAAGUGCGUUAAAACACAUAAUGAAUACAAUUAUUGUGAACGAUGUAUUCAACCUGGCGAGUUGUAUCAAAAAAUAGUUUUACCAGACUUAUCUGCUCCAUUAAGGACUAAUAUAGACUUUUUAAAUCAACAUGAUUCAGAACACCAUAACGCAAUAUCUCCUUUUACAAAGCUAAAUUAUAAUAUGGUAAGUGGUUUUCCAAUAGAUUAUAUGCAUUGCAUUUGUUUGGGUGUUGUCAGAAGAAUUUUAAACUUAUUGAUUCGUGGCCCACCUUCAAGUAGGUUGUCUCAAAAUAUUAUUGCAGUAAUUUCAGAAAAACUGGCAGCUUUGAGACUGUAUAUUUCAAAAGAGUUUUCUAGAAAGUCUCGUUCAUUAUCAAAAUUUAGACGAUGGAAGGCUACUGAGCUCCGUCUUUUUUUGGUUUAUACAGGGCCAGUAGUUUUAAAAGGACUGCUGUUACCUAAUCAUUAUCAAAAUUUUAUUGACUUAUCUGUUGCUGUAAGGAUUUUGUUGCGUUCUUCUUUACUUAAACAUUAUGCUGGGUAUGCUGGUCAGUUGUUACAAUAUUUUGUGCAGACUUUUGAAGAGUUGUACGGUAGAGAUCAGCUAGUAUACAAUGUUCAUUCAUUAAUACACUUAGCUGAUGAUGCAAAACACUAUGGUGCUCUUGAUAAUUGCUCGUCCUUCAAAUAUGAAAGUUAUCGUGGUCAAUUAAAAAAGCUUGUUCGCAAGGCCCAGUCACCUUGUUCACAAAUUGCCAAAAGAAUUUUUGAAAAUGCAGAUUUUUAUACCUGUCAGCAAAUUCAUUCUGUUGGUUUUAGUAAACUGCACACUGAAGGUCCUGUAAAUAUUACUCUGAGCCAUUAUCUUCAAUUCAAACAGUAUCAGAACAAAAAGUAUUUUAUGUCUAACAGUGUCGGAGACAAUUGCUUCGAAAUAUGUGGUAAAAUUGGAAUUGUUAGAAAUAUUUUAAAACCAACUGCCACCAAUGAUAAUGCUUAUAUUCUUUUUGAGGCGUUUGCUUACAAAGAAUCUUUUUUUAAAGAUCCAUGUGAUUCUCAGAAGUUAAAUAUUUAUAUGGUUGAGAGAACUGAUGGUUUAUAUGAGUGUUUGCCGCUAAGUGACACAGUGAAAAAAUGUCUUUGUUUACCAUAUAAAAAUGGAUUUAUUGUAAUGCCGCAAUUGCACUAUUGA